UGCCGCCGCCAUGGCCGGAGCCGGAGCCCGAGCCCGGUGGGCGCCGCUGGCGCUGCUGUGUCUCGCUGUCACCGCGUCCCCGGGACGCGCCGCGGAGCAGCUGCACGUCUGCAAGGAGUCCGAGUACCACUACGAGUACACGGCGUGUGACAGCGCCGGGUCGCGCUGGAGGGUGGCAGUGCCACACAGCCCCGGGCUCUGCACCGGCCUGCCCGACCCCGUCCGCGGCACUGAGUGCGGUGAGUACCGGGAACGGCCGGGAUACGGGCUCCCCGUUUCCCAGGUGGAGCUGAGCCGCGGGAACAACGUGCUGUACUGGCGCACCACCGCCUUCUCCGUGUGGUCCAAGGCGCCCAAACCGGUGCUGGUGAGGAACAUCGGCAUCACAGGGGUCGCGUUCACCUCCGAGUGCUUCCCCUGCAAGCCCGGCACGUUCGCCCCCGCGCCCGGCGCCGCCUCCUGCCAGCCUUGCCCCGCCGACACCUUCUCCGGGAAAGGGGCCACCGCCUGCCAGCCCUGCGAGCCCGACUCCUACGCCGAGCCUGGCUCGGGGUCCUGCAAACCGCGUCCCCCCUGCACGGACAAGGAUUUCUUCUACACCCACACGGCCUGUGACGCCGGCGGGGAGACGCAGCUGAUGUACAAGUGGGCAGAGCCUAAGAUCUGCAGCGAGGAGCUGCCGCGGGCGGCCCGGCUGCCGCCCUCGGGGGGCAGGUCGCGGUGCCCCCCCUGCAACCCCGGCUUUGCCAAGGGUGCCAGGGGCUCCUGCCAGCCUUGUCCCCGCGGCUCCUUCUCCAACGGCUCCGCCUGCCUGUCGUGCCCGCCGGGCACGGAGCCUGCGCUGGGCCUGGAGUACAAGUGGUGGAACGUGCUGCCCCCCAACAUGGAGACCACCGUGCUCAGCGGCAUCAGCUUCGAGUACAAGGGCGUCGCAGGCUGGGAGGUAGCCGGGGACUUCAUCUACACGGCGGCCGGAGCCUCCGACAGCGACUUCAUGAUCCUCACGCUGGUGGUGCCGGGCUUCAGCCCUCCCAGCCCGGUGCUGGAGGACAUGGAGAGCCGGGAGGUGGGAAGGAUCACCUUCGUGUUUGAGACUGUCUGCAGUGUGGGCUGCGAGCUCUACUUCAUGGUGGGUGUGAACUCCCGCGCCACCAGCCCGGUGGAGACGUGGAGGGGCUCCACGGGCCGACGAUCCUACACGUACGUGGUGCAGCACAAUGGCACCCUAAGCUUCACCUGGGCCUUCCAGCGCACCCCCUACCACCAGCCGGGCCGGCGCUACACGGGUGACGUGGCCAAGCUGUACAGCAUCAACGUCACCAACGUGCUGGGGGGGGUGGCCUCCUUCUGCCGCCGCUGUGCCCCCCAGCCCACGGGCCCCUGUGCCCCCUGCCCCCCUGGCAGUGCCCUGGACCCCACGGGGACCUGCCAGCCCUGCCCCCCCGGCACUGUCCUGCGGGGACCCCCCUCGGGAGGGACCCCCUUGUGCCACCCCUGCGGGCCCGGCACUCGCAGCAACCAGCUGCGCUCCCUGUGCUACAACAACUGCAGCCUGUCCCUGUCCCUGCCUGGCCGGACACUGCUCUACGAGUUCCCUGCACUGGGCAUGGGGCUGGGGGUGGGCACCGGGCCCAGCUUCACCCCCAAGGGGCUGCGCUACAGCCACCGCUUCCAGCUCAGCCCCUGUGGCCACCAGGGCAGGAAGAAGGCCUCGUGUGCCGACUCGGUGCCGCAGGGCCGGGGGGGGGCCCCCGCCCGCUGGGUGACAUCCUACGUGUGCCAGGCCAUCGUUGUGCCCCCCGACAGCGCCGGGGCCCGCGGGGCCGUGUCCUCCCAGCCCGUGAGCCUGGGGGACACCCUGCUGGGUGUCACCACCAGCGCAGUGCUGGAUGGCGUCGUGUCCCCCCCGGAGCUGUUCCCAGGCAGCCAUUCCGACCUGCCCGACGUCAUCUUCUUCUUCAGGUCCAAUGAUGUCACACAGCCCUGCACCAGUGGCAGGGCCACCACCCUCCGCCUGCGCUGUGACCCCCUGAGCCCCCCCAGUGGCACCCUGGCUGUCCCCAGCAAAUGCCCCGAAGGCACCUGUGAUGGCUGCACCUUCCACCUGCUGUGGGUGUCCCCGCAGGGCUGUCCCCGCUGCACCCCCUCCCACUACCGGGCCAUCCCCGGUGCCUGCAUGGGGGGUGUCCAGAAAACCACAUACGUGUGGCGGGAGCCGCGGCUGUGUCACGGGGGGGUCGCGCUGCCCCCGCAGGAAUCGCGGCCGUGCAGGAGCGUGGAUUUUUGGCUCAAAGUGGGAAUUUCCACGGGCACAGGCCUGGCCGCGCUGCUGGCCGUGCUCGCCACCUAUUUCUGGAAGAAGACCCAAAAGCUGGAAUACAAGUAUUCCAAGCUGGUGAUGGACGCGGCGGCGCGGGAGGGAGAGGCGGCGUCCCCCGACAGCUGCGCCAUCAUGGAGGGCGAGGACGCCGAGGACGAGCUGCUCUUUGCCACCGAAAUGUCGCUUUUCGGGAAACUCCGGGCCCUGAAGGCCAAGCGGAUGCCAGACGGGUUCGACUCGGUGCCACUCAAGAGCUCGUCCAGCAGCACCGACCGGGAGCUGUGACGGGGCAGGGGGGGGGCCCCCUGUGCCCCCCACCCCCCACCGUGGCCAUAGGGACCCUCUUGGGGCUGGAGCUCCCUCAUGGCUUUUGUACGUCGUGUCCCCCCCUUGUCCCCACCCCUGUGACCCCCCCGAGUGCCCCAAAAUGCCAAAUACAGGAGUGGGGUUUGUACCACGGUUCUAGGGGUGCAGGCACGGGGGGCACAAGGGGAGGGCGGUGAGGGGGAGGUUGGGUGACUCAUCCCAGACAACCGGCAACGUUCCUGGGGGUUUGGUUCCCUUCCACCUGCGCGUUUUGGGAGGUCAAGGAGGUGGGAAAAGGUCCCUUGGUGGAUUUGGGAGCAAAUAUUUGGGUCCAAAGUCAGGCAAUUCCAGAGGGUCGCUCGGGAAACUCAACCUCGGCCAACUAGAUCUCCCGCACAACAGGGAUUGUCCAGAAUUCUUGAGUCCAGCUUACCGUGCAUUCCAAGAUGUUGGGAGAGGAAAGAGAGAGGGAAGGAGAAGGGAAAGGAGAGAGCAGCCUUCAGAGAAACCCCUUCACAAAGCCCCAAAUCCCCCCCUACCCCCUGAAACCCCCCCCAAUCCCCCUCAAAACCCCCAUAA